UGGCUUUCCCACAGUGGCCGACAAGCAAGGUGAAAUCGAGGAAUAGACUUAGAGAGACAGCGAGAGAGAGGGAGUCAGCUCCGGCUUUCUCUUUCCCAGGAUUGAGUGAAGGAUAGAAGUUGCCCAGUGGAGCGGGUAAAGGUCUGACAAGCAGUGAGUUAGGAAGCUCCUGGGGUUUUCCAUGUUUGGCCCCUGCUGACUCCUGCUACUGGCAUUCCUCGUCUCCUGAUAGAUCUACCAGACCCUCCCCCACCACCACCUCUCAGCUAAGUGGUGCAACACUGAAGCUGCUGGGGCUUCACUUGCAUUAGCUAGUGCAUCUAUUUCUCAUCCUUACUUUGCGUCAAAGAUUUGACCUCUGCAGGCAUCUGAUAUCCACCAAUUUUUAUUACAAAGAUAGCUGCUCUUUGGUUGCGGUCCAAGCUGAUGUGUCUGCAGGGUGCUGAACAUGCAGAGGAGUCCCCGCUCAACGUAUAUAGCUCCUAAGCAGCAUCAUACGAGUGAACCUGAAUCUUCCAGUAACUUUGAGGCCCUAGGAUGUCACGAGCAGCUGUAUCCAAAGGACAACCAGGACUCUGAAGACCCCAGAGAAUAUUGCUAUGGUGGGUACCACCCUGUCCAAAUAGGUGACACCCUCAACAGGAGAUACCAGGUGGUUUCUAAGCUCGGCUGGGGCUAUUUCUCCACCGUCUGGCUGUGCCUGGACCUCAGGCAGGGUCUCCGUGUUGCUGUGAAGGUGCUGAAGAGCGGAGCUGGCUUCACCCAGGCAGGACAGGAUGAACUUGCACUCCUACGAUGUGCAAGUGGUCCUGCGAGCCGUCAUCCCUCGAGUCAAAGGAUUGUUCAGCUACUAGAUGAGUUCAAGCUGGCUGGGGUCAACGGGGUCCACAUCUGCUUGGUGCUGGAGCUGUUAGGGCCAGACCUGAGAAGCUGGAAUCUAUGUUUUGGGAGUCCAGGGCUGAUGCGACCUUCAGUCAAACAAAUACUUAUUCAGGUUCUGGAGGGCCUGGACUACCUUCACACUCAGUGUAAAAUCAUCCACACAGACAUCAAGCCUGAGAACAUCCUGCUGUGUCUGAAGGAGCAGUCUCACAAAGUACCAGGAGGGGGCAGCAGCUCCUCCUCUUCCUCUCCACUGGCAGGGAAACCAGGGAAACAUGCCACAGAGAGGGAGCAGGUGAACCCAUGCAGUUUAAGGGAAAUCACAGUGAAGAUUGCUGACCUGGGCAGCUCUUGCUGGGUGUACAAACAUUUCUGUGAGGAGAUCCAGACUCGUCAGUAUCGCUCACUAGAGGUUUUACUGGGAUCUGAGUACGGCCCGCCUGCUGACAUUUGGAGUGUUGCUUGCAUGGCCUUUGAGUUGGUCACUGGAGACUCCCUGUUCGUGCCCCGAGUCAGCGAGACCAUUUCUCUGGAGGAAGACCAUAUAGCACAGAUCACAGAACUGCUUGGUAAAAUUCCACUAGCUGUUGCCUUCUCUGGUAAAUAUUCUGCGGAGUACUUCAACCACAGGGGUGACCUGCGUCGUGUCGGUCCGCUGAGACUCUGGAGCCUCCACGACGUUCUGGUGGAGAAAUAUCACUUCCUGUUGGAAGAAGCCUCUGGAUUCUCUGACUUCCUUCUUCACAUGUUGGAUUAUCAUCCAGAGAGGAGGGCCACCGCUGCACAGUGCCUCCACCACCCCUGGCUGACCUCAUGGUAGUCUCCUAACGGCCCUACGUGGACAAUCAUCCAGUUCAAUUUGUGAAUUCCUGUGGAAUUUUCCUGAUAGGGAAUAGGAUGCCCUUCUUCACUGGAACCCAAAGAGAUACUUUAAGCUGCUAAAGGGUUGUAUACAUAGAUCUUGGCAGACUUUUGAGUCCUAUCAGCAGCAGCUCUGUGGAGGAGAAGAUGACUCUGUAUUGUCUCUUGCUAGACUGACAGGCCUCACAAUACAGCCAGGGUGAAGCUGUCAGUUUCCCACAAUCUUUAAGAGCAGCUAGUUAUCAGUAUGACUGAAUGUUAGCAAAUAAAUCAGAUAGUGAAUAAAAAUAUAUAGAUCCAUUUCACAGUUUUUCACAUCACAUGUAAUUUAUAGAUGCUUUUAUUUCAGUUUACUUUUUGUACAGUUUAAUGAACAGCUUUAAACAAUAAAGGCAGAUUAAUUGCCGAG